GUGUGUUGCUCAGAAUAACGCAAGCCCUCAGUGUGACUACCCGUACAAUUUUAUUCAUAGCAAAGCUCAAGAUCACUUGGAUUAUAAUCAUGACUCUGGAAGAGAUUCGCGGACAUGAGAGCGCGCUCGACAAGACUGAUCGAGUGCAGAGCGCGGGCACAGCGCUCGAGGACCUGCUGGUCUCUGCUAAGAACCAGGACUACCUCAGAGUGCAGAGCGCAGGCACAGCGCUCGAGGAGCUGCUGGUCUCUGCUAAGAACCAGGACUACCUGACAGUCGGGGUUUACGAGUCAGCCAAAAUCAUGAAUGUUGACCCGGACAGUGUGGCUUUCUGCGUGCUCGCUACAGACGAGGAAUACGAGUGCGACAUCGCGCUGCAGAUCCACUUCACCCUGAUUCAAGCCUUCUGCUUCGAUAACGACAUCAACGUGGUUCGCGUCAACGACAUUGAACGCCUCGCCGAUCUCGUGGGCGCUGACGAAACCGGCGAACCCAAGGACGCCCACUGCAUUCUUGUCACGAGUCCAAGCGCAGAGACGUGGAAAGACCCAGCCCUUGAUAAGCUCAGCGCCUUCUGCGAGGAGAGCCGCAGUUUGUGCGACUGGGUUCCUACCAUCACUCUGCCCGCACGCUGAACUGCGCGAGUCCCACGCCACGCUUCACGUGACGACUGAAGAAAAAAAAAACGAACGUGAAAAGCAACGAUGCCCGCCUCGAUGUGAGGCAGCGGCUGUAGCCCUGGACCCAGAGAGGAUUCUGGGAUGGACGUUCGGUUCUAGGGGACCUUUACCCUGAGGAGGGGGGUCAAAGUUCAUCCGAGGAUGUGGAUCGGGUCAGAUGGAUUAUGGAUGGACUGCUUUCAUGACCAGAAGGUUCUGGGGGGAGUGCGAGGAGGUGGACAGGAUGUGACUCCGUAGUGCAGGAGAAAGGGUCCCUCCCUCUCUCUGCUGGACCCUGUGCAGCUAGGAACAGGGGAGCAACUGCAGAAAGGGAUGAAAGAAGGAAUGGGAUGGACAGAUGAGAGCUUGGAAACUAGAAUGGAUGCAUUUUCUUUGUAACUGAUCAGAGCAGGGGGACACUGAACUCCUGCUGAAAUGAAAGAGAAACUUUGGACUUUUCUUUGAACCAAGUUUUCCUGCACCACCCAUGGGGAGGCAGCUGGGGUGCAAACCAAGACACCUCACCUCCCCAGGCUUGAUUGGACCUGCCACUUGAAAUGGAAAAAUAUUUCUUGGAUUUUUCUUGGAGAGAUGCUGAAAAAAAACAUGCAUGAUCAAUGUGUUUUGCUUUUAAACUGUAACCAUUUUACAUGUAAAUAAAUGUUUCAAACUAUA